CAGAGUUGGCCGUGACGCGCGGCCCAGGGGAAGACCACAUAGAUCUCGGCAGAAUGCUGCGACCAUCGAGCGUCCCUCGCCGAGCACUCGUGUAUGGGAAUCUCUCUGCGUAGCUCGCCUUCCAGUACAGAUCAUCUCUCAUGCUUUUCUUUGUUUUGUUUAGGAAGGUUUUUUUUUUUUUUUUUUUUUUUUGGGCUUCUAAGAGACUCGGGUGAAAGUGUUGAAAGCGGCGGAGACCUCCGGAGCACGAAAUGUUGGGAUGGAAGGCGCAGACUUUGACUCGCCGUCUCCAACAGGAGUAUGAAGUCCCACGUCUUCUUCUUCUUCGCGGCUGUGAGGAGAUCUCCAAGAGUCAAACUGCCGGGCUGCCUCGGGAUAUCGCUGCGCGCUUUUGGGGGAAUACUAUAAAGUGGGAAACGCCAACCACCUCGCAGUCCCCUCCACAUCAUGGCCUCGGCUGCUAAUGCGCCCUCGGAGCAGGAAAGCGGAGACCCCGAGCGGCCGCGGGUAACGCGCAGGAGCAGGGGGGACUAUGCCCGCUGCGCACCGCUGGAUUUGGAGUAUUUGCAGCGGCCGAGCUACUGCGAUGCGGGCUUUGCUCUGGAGCAAAUCUCAGAGGGGAAGGCAACGGGGAGGAAAGCACCUCUGUGGCUGAGAGCGAAGUUCCAGAGACUUUUUUUUAGGCUGGGCUGUUACAUACAGAAAAACUGUGGAAAGUUUUUGGUUGUGGGCCUCAUGAUUUUUGGAGCUUUUGCUGUGGGCUUAAGGGCAGCUAAUUUGGAAACGAACGUGGAGAAACUUUGGGUGGAAGUUGGUGGGCGUGUGAAUCAGGAACUGAAAUAUACGAGACAGAAGAUGGGUGAGGAAGCCACGUUUAACCCUCAGCUGAUGAUACAGACGCCACGGGAGGACGGAGCCAGCGUUCUAACAGUGGAGGCACUUCUGCAGCAUCUGGAGUCUGCUCUCAGAGCCAGCAGAGUUCACGUUUAUCUUUAUAACAGACAAUGGAAAUUGGAACAUUUAUGCUACAAAUCAGGAGAAUUAGUUACAGAAACCCAUUUCGUGAAUCAGAUAAUAGAAAAGCUUCAUCCCUGCCUCAUCAUCACACCUUUGGACUGUUUCUGGGACGGAGCGAAGCUCCACUCUGGAAUGGUUUAUUUCCCAGGUGAGGGCCCCAAGCAAUGGACUAAUUUUGACCCUAAGGAGUUUCUUAGCAAGUUAGACAUGAAAGGAUUACAUGUGGAAGGCUUUGAGGCCAUGUUGGAAAAGGCAGACGUUGGACACGGCUACAUGGAUAGACCCUGUCUGAACCCUGCUGACCCUGACUGCCCCCUCACUGCACCCAAUAAGAACUCAACUAAGCCUUUCAAUGUGGCACGGGUACUGAGUGGUGGCUGCCAUGGUUUGUCCAAGACGUACAUGCACUGGCAGGAGGAACUGAUUGUAGGAGGGACCACAAAGAAUGGCAGUGGACCACUGCUCAGGUAACAUA